AUUAUUCUUGCCAACAUGAAUACUCUUAGUGCGAUACUUGUGCUCUGCCUUGCAGUCGCUGCAUAUGGCUUCCCUGAAAGCAAAAUCGUUGGUGGAAAAGAUGCUCCAGUUGGUAAGUUUCCUUACCAAGUAUCCCUGAGGAAGAGAGGAAGCCACUUUUGCGGUGGUUCCAUCAUCGAUUCACGUACGAUUCUCACAGCUGCACACUGUGUCGAGGGAUUAAGUAAUUUGAAUGGGAUCACUGUCCAAGCUGGAACAAAUCAACUCAACUCAGGUGGAGUUUCUUAUGUGCCGGAGAAAGUCGUUGCCCAUAGCGGUUACAACUCGCUCAGUCUCGUUAAUGACAUUGCUUUGAUCCGUGUGAAUCAAGCUAUCUCAUUCAACAACUUGGUCCAAUCGAUCAAAUUGGCUUCGGGUAGCAAUACUUAUGAAGGAUCAUCCUGCAUUCUGUCUGGUUGGGGAACUACUAGACUGAAUGGAAAUGUACCAAACAAUUUGCAAUACAUUAAUCUGGUUAUCGAGAAACAAUCAGAAUGUAAGAAAGCCCACUGGAGAGUACAAUCUUCUCACAUCUGCACAUUCACGAAAUCGGGAGAAGGUGCUUGCCACGGUGACUCCGGUGGUCCUCUCGUUGUUAAUGGAGUACAAGUCGGUAUCGUUUCCUUUGGACAACCUUGUGCCGUAGGAAAACCUGAUGUAUACACAAGAGUAUCUUCCUUCACAUCAUGGAUCGAACAACAUAAGUCUUUCCUCACAGAGGAAAAGGGUGAAGCACCAGCAGACGGUGUCUACAUUUCAUAAAUAUAAUUUAUCGAUCACUGAUAAU